UGAACUUCAAGAACUUCAGAAACGAAGGACAAAGUGUGUGAACUACUGGGGAAACUAGAUCAGGGACAGAGUGACUAACCAGGCAAAAGGGGGGCAAACCUGUGUAUAUAUCCGAUGAUGAGGUAGAGCUUCAGUGCAUUUUCACUAAUCCAUCAAAGAAGUAUGACUUUGUCUGGAAGUUGAUAGCUACAGAUCAGGAACCAACUAUUCUUAUGGACAAUGAACCUACCAUCCAUGUUGAAAAGGAAGACCAACCAGAAGCUUACCAGUGUGACACAAUACUUGAAGAUGAGAUUGUGGCAUCUAUAAAGUACUCAGUGUAUACUAAUACUGAGGGUUUAAGAGAAACUGGAAAUCCUUCUUUGGGAGUCAAGUCGCAGAUAGUUUUGAUGGCUGUUGCCGGAGGAGCUCUCAUGGUUGUUAUAAGCAUAAUCUGUGGAAUUAUCUUCUUCUGCCUUAAAAGAUCUAAGAAACGGGAGAUCAAGAAGAGACCACCUCCCCGUCCUCCAUUGCCAUCCCAAUACAAUUCAAGGAAAGAACCAAAGAGGUUGUCAAAACCUGGUGCCAAAAUCCCCCAGGCACAGCAGCCGUAUCCUACUCAGCAACGCACCCGCUCACUACCUCGCCCACCGCCAUCCUCACCUAAACAGCCCCAGUGGUCACGGCGAUCCCUCACUCGCCCCCGUGAGCCGCCACCCCCGUGCCCGAGCAAGGUGCCACCUUCGAGCCCGCCUCCGCGUCCACGUGGCUCAUCAUCGCCGCAACUUGGCAAGCACGGACCACAACCAGUGCCGGACAAUGAAACUAGUUAUGCAGAGGAGCCAACAGGCUAUGUCGAUUACAUUACAGCUUAUGACAGUACCGAAUAUAUGAAACACUUAUAG